AUGGAAGUGUCCAACCAGUCCACUGUAACAGAAUUUGUCCUAUUGGGCCUCUCCGCCCACCCAACGCUGGAGAAAACCUUCUUCGUGCUCAUCCUGCUGAUGUACCUGGUGAUCCUGCUGGGCAAUGGGGUCCUGAUCCUGGUGACCAUCGUCGACUCCCACCUGCACACGCCCAUGUACUUCUUCCUGGGGAACCUCUCCUUCCUGGACAUCUGCUACACCACCUCCUCGGUCCCCUUGGUCCUGGAUGGUUUUCUCACCCCCAGGAAGACCAUCUCCUUCUCAGGCUGUGCCGUGCAGAUGUUUCUGUCCUUCGCCAUGGGAGCCACGGAGUGUGUGCUCCUGGGCAUGAUGGCGUUUGAUCGCUAUGUGGCCAUCUGCAACCCCCUUAGGUACCCAGUUGUCAUGAGCAAGGCUGCCUAUGUGCCCAUGGCCAUCAGCUCCUGGGUGGCUGGAGGUGCCAACUCCAUGGUGCAGAUCUCCCUUGCUGUGCAGUUGCCUUUCUGUGGGGACAAUGUUAUCAAUCAUUUCAUUUGUGAGAUUUUGGCAGUCUUAAAGCUGGCCUGCGCGGACAUCUCCAUCAAUAUCAUCAGCAUGGGGGUGGCCAACGUGAUCUUCCUGGGGGUCCCAGUUCUGUUCAUCUUUGUCUCCUACAUCUUCAUCCUCUCCACCAUCCUGAGGAUCCCCUCUGCUGAGGGGAGGAAGAAGGCCUUCUCCACCUGCUCUGCCCACCUCACUGUGGUAAUCAUUUUUUAUGGUACCAUCCUCUUCAUGUACGGGAAGCCCAAGUCCAAGGACCCACUGGGGGCAGACAAGCAGGACCUUGCAGAUAAGCUCAUCUCCCUCUUCUAUGGACUUCUGACUCCCAUGUUGAACCCCAUCAUCUACAGCCUGAGGAACAAGGACGUGAAGACUGCUGUAAGGGACCUGGCAAGUCACAGAUGCCUCACCCAGUAA